AUGAGAAAAAGAUCAAAAUGUCGUGUGGAAAAAGAUGGGUAUAAGAGGCAGAUAGAUUGGGAGCUCAGACCCGGUGGCAUGCUUGUCCAAAAACGAGACAUUGCCGAUGCCUCUUCUGGGCCUAUGAUCAAGAUCAAGGUUUCCCAUGAUUCUUAUUACCACGAUGUCACUGUACAUUCUCGAUCAACUUUUGGCGAUCUGAAGAGAGUUCUUGCAAAUGAGACUGGCUUAGAGCCAAAGGCGCAAAGAUUGUUGUAUAGAGGAAAAGAGAAGGAUGAUGUUGAAUGUUUGCACAUCGCAGGUGUAAAAGAUAUGUCUAAGAUUAUGUUAUUGGAAGACCCAGCUAGCAAAGAGAAGAAACUUGAGGAAAUGAACAAAAAUCAAGGUAUACUGAAAGCCUAUGAAGAGGUUGCCAAGGUUAGAGCACAAGUUGACAAGCUCUCUCAAAAGAUUGUGGAUAUGGAGACAACACUCUGCAAUGGUACCAAGGUCGCAGAUAAGGAGAUUGUGGUUUUAACAGAGUUGCUCAUGGCGGAGUUGCUCAAAUUGGAUUCCAUUGAAGCAGACGGAGAAGCAAAAGUACAGAGGCGGGUAGAGGUUCGUCGUGUACAGAGUUUAGUUGACACACUCGACAAUCUAAAAGCAAGAAACUCUAAUCCGUUCAGCAAGAGUAGCAACGCUGUCUCGGUGACUACAAAAUGGCAGAGUUUUGAAUUGGGGGUUGGAAGCCUGCAUGCUCCAACCUCAAUGAAAUCUUCUACCAAGAUAACUCAAGAUUGGGAAUUGUUUGACUAAGGCUCAAGUUAUGCUGGUUUUGUAUAAAGUUCAAAGGACAUAUAUAUACAUCACGACUAUCAAAUGUUAUAGGACCAAAACCCAUUUGGUGCAAGUUUUUCAACUAACAUUGAUUGUUGAUAAAAGCUGGUUUUGGUAGCAACUGUGGAAAUGGCCUAUCCUUGAACAAUUAAAUAUCUGUAUAUAUAUUAUAUGGUUUCUCUCUGUUGCAAAGCUGAUAGGAGUGAUAGCUAGCUAGCUUUGAUGUCUCUCUAUUAUUUCUCGAGUGCAGGGCUGAAUUUUCUUUGCUUGCUUGUGUUGAACUUUUGGAGUUUUGGUCACUUUCAGUUGUACACGAUAUCCUUUCAUAUAUUGUUCACAUGCCUGUUUGGUUUCAAAUUCUAUGAAGCCAUGGCAUGAACGUUCUUCAGUAUUGCGGUCAUGGAUUGUACUUGUCGAUUUCACAGUUCCAAAAUAUGAGAAAGCUAAGUGCAACAACUCAUCAUCAGUAUAGAGUGGAUUCAGAUUACCUACAAAAAGCUAAUUACCGGGAGAGGACUUCAUCUCUGCUUCAUCAGGAUUAGUAUUGUGGUGGUAAUAGUAGUCUCCUCGAGUCCUUUGGCAGCACGACAAACCGAAUCAAGCUCUUCCGGAUUCAUUAUUCAUUCCUAGCUACCACGCACUCAUCUUCAAGCACAGACAUAACGUAAGAGAACAAUGAUGUAUGAGAAUAUAAAAACUGUAGUAAAUUAGUUAAAUUAGUCUUCUUCU